AUGGCUUUGCAGUAUAUUCCUUUAGUCAUACCCCCCAGGGGGCUGCGGCAGAAGGAUCUCCACAAGUUUGGGGACAGCGAGACCUGCACCGCCGACUGCUUCUGUCCAGGCUCCUCUGUCAUCGUGUUUCAGCCGCCAGCACUGCAGAAAGCCCUGCUUUGCGAACACGGCCUGUUAGACCCAGAAGCCAUACUUUCUGGCGCUUUUGUGGCCAUCUCAGGAUAUCCUCCCUUGACUCUAACCCCAAACGCGUGGAGACCUGGAACAGUCCGAAACAGCUCUCCCGCUGCUGCGGCGGCCGCAGCCCCGCGUGUGCGCAGGCCCGGCUGGCGCUGGCCCGGCGUCCCCGCAGCGGCCGCAGGAAAGUCCGGGAGGCCGCAGGAACACGCUGAAAUCGCCGAUGCCAGUUCCCGCCAGCAGAUCCCGAAGUUAACCGAGGACGGGCUGAUCAUCCGCAAGCCCGUGACCGCUCGUUCUCGGGCACGACGCGGGACGGUCACGCUGGCUCCCCGGAAGGCAGGCACAGGGGCGUCGGGAGGCGGGGCGCGGGAGAAGGUGGCCCGGCCGCGCGGGCUGCCCCGGAGAUGCCGGGCAUCGAGGAAGAUAGACCCGCACACGUACCACAGCCUGUACCUGGAGCUGAAGGGCAGCGUGUUCAAGAACAAGCGGAUCCUCGUGGAGCACAUCCGCAAGAUGAAAGGGACAAGGCCCGCAAGAGCUCCGGCGGACCAGGCCGACGCGCGCAGGUCGGAGCCCAAGGGAGCGCGCAGGCGGAGAAGGCAGAGACCGUAA